ACAAAAAGCAGGUGAGAUGGGAUGAACGCAGAGAAAAAAAAAGACACCCCAAGCAGAGAGAGAGAGAGAGAGAGAGAGAGAGGGCGAAGGAGAAGGAAGAGAGGCAAAAGCUCCGAUUUUUUGCUCUCAUUUGAAGAAAAGGGGGUCCGAAUCUAGGAUUUUCCAGCGGUUUUUUUUUUUUUUUUUUUUUAAAGCCUAAUUACGUCGUGAAUCCGGUUGGAUGAUUUGUUCGCGGCCGAAGGAAAUGAACGUUUGAGAUUGAUCAGAGAAGUAGAUCUGGUUUCAUGAGAGGGAGUCAGAAGAGAUGGAGAGAAGCCGCGAAGCGAGAAGAGGAGCGAUUCCGGCGACUGCGAACGGGUUGUCGAGACGGAGGCAGAGAAACAGUAGUUUGAGAGAUUCUCCUGAGAAAGACGGAGGAGUGUUGGAGUUGCAGGAAAUGGUGAAGCUUCGAGAUCGAGUGAGCAAGAAAAAUCAAAAUCGAUCGAGUCGAAACAAGCGGCGGAGGGGAGAGAGAUUGCUGCACGGGAGCAAUCGAGAGGAUGGAAGCGAAGAGAGCUCUGAAGAGAGCCUCGAUGACGAGGAGGAUGAGGAGGACGAGGAUGCCGUCGUGUCGGCAGCAUCUGCGGUUCGGCCGCUGCCGAUGAAUCCGGUGGUGCUGACGCCGGUGUCAUCGAUGCCAAGUCACCACCACCAGCAGUGGAAGAGCUUCCCGCCGAAGGUCGUGAGGGCAGUGGGCCCGCCGUGGAAAGCCGCUGAUGAGAUGAUUGGCGUCUCAGUGCCGAGGAAAGCUCGGUCAGGUGGCAACGGCAGCGGCAGUGGAGGCAGCGGAGAGCGGGUUCUCCAGCAAGCUUCGAUGUCACCAGCCAGGCCAAGCACUACUCCUGUGGUCCCAGCGGCUCCGAUGUCGCCGUCUUCUUCUAACGCCUCCGGUCAAAAGAAGAUGAAACCGGUUGGAGCCAAGCACAAGCCACCAAAGAUCUCAAAGACCACAUCUUCAUCAUCAAUUCAGGAGAUCGAGAUUGAGGUCGCUGAGGUCUUGUAUGGAUUGACGAGGCAAUUCCAGUGUCCUUCAAAGCAAGAAACCAUCACGAGCCCGUCGCACAAACUUGAUUCGAAGGAUGUGAAUGGAUCAAGCAAUGAUGCCAAGUCAAGGGGUUCGUCCCCAGUCUCAGCCUCACCUCCGGAGGCACCUCAUCCAUAUGUAUUACUUCAGAAUUCAAGCUCAACAACCGUUCCCUCCUCUGAUGUGGCAAAGAGGAAGAGGCUGCGGCCGGUUAAAUUUGAAGAGGAGAGUCCCACGGUAUCUGUCGAUCCAUAUGCUUCUAUAUCUUCUGCGGCUAAGGUUGAGAUUGAACGGCUGGAAGAGGUAGAAAAUUCGUUGGUGGCGGAGAGGAACAUAGCAUCUGCCAUUGAAAAUGGUGGGGAAUCUUCCAAUUUGGGAAGCUCUCAGGUCCAUUUGCAGCAGGACCCAGUUAAGCCGGAGAGGGAUCCCGUUCCAGAUUCGAAGCCCUCGGUGGCGGAAUCAGAUGGUCAGGAAGGGAUUGAAACCAAGGAGGAAAUCUCCUCACCUGUUAAGGAAACUCCUUGUGCGAAACUUGAUGUCAAUCUCGACGAUGCGAGAGCAGCAAAAGCGGAUUCAACAGCUUGUGCAGUUGAAAGCCUAUGCGAGGAGAAGUUCAAGUUCGACCUGAUGGUUCCUCCUUCAGCAAAGUCCUCUCCAGAAAGGGAUGGUGCACCCGGUUUCACAAUACAUCAGAAGCCUUCGGCCCCAGAGGUUGAUAUGGCACCGAAGAUGGGGAUCAUAAAAAUAGAAGAAGAAAAGGCGGACGGAAUUGUGAAACAGGGAGCAGGGGAGGGUGGUUCUGAAAAGAAGAAGGCGGAGGCAAUGGUAGAGGUAGUCGAAGUACAAAAGCAGAUGCCUAAAGAGAGGAUCCUUGGCCUGCAACCUGAUGCAGAGAUGCAGGACAAAGAUGGCAUCAGCAGCAGCAAACAGCAAAUUCUGAAGCAGCAUCAAUCCAAAGCCACGAGAAUUGAACCAAAGGCAGCGAGAGCUGGUAAUUCAACUGAUGGAAAACCACAAGCUGCUUCUUUGCAAUUGCCAAUGACAGUCCCUGGCUGGCCGGGCAGCCUUCCUCUCGGGUAUAUGGGGCAAGUUCCAUCCAUUCAAGCACUUGUAUCCAUGGAUAGGGGCACUGGAUCUUCAACAACAAUACAACCCCAGUUUGCACCGCUGCAGCCCCGGCCAAAGAGGUGUGCCACGCAUUUUUACAUUGCCAAAAAAAUCAACUAUCACCAGCAGUUCGCUCCGACGAACCCAUUCUGGCCUUCAGCAGCUGGUAAUGCAGCCCUGUAUGGAGCCAAGCCGUACAAUAUCAACACUGUGCCACCUACAGAAUCAGCAUUGCUACUCAAUCCAUUACAGGGAAGCUUUGUGGCGAGGAAUUUGAGCCCAUUGCAAGACAAGGGCCCGGCUACUGCUCUUGCUGCUCAAGCUUUGAAGGAGAAAAGCUCGACAGCAACAAUCACGGACUCUGCUCAGAGGAAGCAGCUCAUGCUACAGCAGGUGCCGCAGCCCACUUCAGCAAAUAACUUACUGCAAGCCCCUGCUUUCAUUUUUCCUAUGAGCCAGCAGCAGGCGGCUGAUGCAGCAGCAACUCAAUCUGGGAUAGUGAAAUCUGCUGCCACCAUCAGUUAUGCAAGCCCUUCGUCGGGCUCUACUAAUUCGUUUGCGGGACUUGUGGGUAGCUCUGGAUCUGCUGCCCCAACGACCAUGAGCUUCAACUAUGCAAGCCUGCCUCCUAAUGAUGCUCAGUACUUGGCUAUAUUACAGAACAAUGGCUACCCAUUCCCAAUUCCUGCUCCUGUCGGAGCACCACUGCCUUACAAUGGAAGCCAUGCCCAAGCAGUGCCUUUCUUCAAUGGGUCUUUCUAUUCUUCUCAAAUGCUGCAUCCUUCACAGCUUCAACAGCAGCAACAUCCACAGGCUCAGCCUCCAAUCCAACAGGGGCACCAGAACACGAAAACGUUGAGCAGUUCGUCUUCCUCACAGAAGCAUAAGCAACAACAACAGAUACAAGGAUGCAGCAGCAACGGCUGGGGCGGAUGCUCACAUAGCUUCCCCGCCCUGAAACAGAGGCACUCGCAGCUGCGGAACCAGCACGUGCCACCCCAUCAAGCUCAGCCGCUUGACAGCGAGGUGUCUGGCAAAGACAGCACAUCAACUUCUGAUAGCAGAGUCCCGCAUGCCUCGAAGAUUGCCUCUAACCAUAAUUUUGCAAUGCUGUCGAUGCAUCCUCAAAAUUUCUCCCUGAUGUCACCUGUGGGAUUUGGAGUUGUAAAUCAGGGUGGAGAGAAGCAGCAGCAGCAACAGCAACAGCAUCAGAACAUAAGAGGAAUGGAGCUCACUCCAUCUCAAGCAUUCGCAAUGUCCUUUGCCUCCUUCAAUGGCACUGCUGCUGCCCCGAGUGUGGAUUUCUCGUCCAUGGCACAGAGCUAUCCAGUCUUCCAAAGCCUACCAGAAGCAGCCAGGCAUGGAUAUCAGAUGGCUGCAGCUGCAGCAGCUGCAGCGGCUGCUCAAGCUCAACAGAAGAACAACCAGAACAUUGAAGAUGUGAGGGCUGCCAAUGACUCGACUCACCCAAAUGCUUCCGGCGAAGAGGACAAGAAGGCAGUGGCAGCAAAGGCGUCGGCAGCAAUGAUUUCACACUCCCUAGCCUUCUCCAGACCUGAAAGCGACCUGCCAAUUUCCACCGUUCUAGGCAAUGGGGCUGUCAACAGCUCUGCUGGGACGCUAAACAUCAUCACAGCCCAUGCGAAUGGCAACCGUACUUCUUCUCGCCUGUCCUCAAUAACCACUCCUACAGCCACUGUUACAACUGUUGCCAAUGCUCCCAAUCCUACACACCAGCAACAGCAACAGCUGAUUCAGCUUCAGAAGCAGCAGCAGCAGCAACUGCAACUUGCAGCUCGUGCAAAACCAUUUGCGACCAACAAUGCCACUCUCUACUCGGAUUGUCUGCCAUCUUCCGUAAUGGCCAUGUCCCAAAAUAAUGUUUCAGUUUUCCCACAAGCUCUGAUCCAAGGCAGCAGCAGCCACAACCAGUCUCCUCAAUGGAAGAACUCUACAAGAUCGGGAACAGCGCCCAUUCAGUCUCCUCCUACCACUCAAGUGCAGUCAGUCAAGAGUCUUCCUCAGCAGGGCCGGGUCCAGGUCCGAGGCCUUCAGGCUACCAACCAUACACAAAUAUCCUUUGGGGUGAAUCCGAAAGUGGUUCCCUCCGCACAACUUCUUCCCGCGACCAACCCCUCUCUGCCAUCAGCUGGCAUUGUUGUUGGAUCUCCAUCAACCUCGAUCUCAAAGAGUGCAGGAGGUAGCCCAAGGACUUCCACAGGCAGCAAGGCGAUUCCAAGUCCAACUGCUGCUACAUUGCCGUCACAACCUGCCAAGAACCCACAGUCGAGUUCCAGCAGGAAGUCAUCGCCCAUAGUUGGCCGAAAUGUGCCAUCGAUCCUCAGCAAUUCGCAAGUCACUACCACUCAAAGCUCAAGCGUGAAACCGCAGCAACAGCAGCAACAGCUACAGAAUAAGCAGCCAUUCCAGCAGUCGCACUUCUCCUCCAAUGCCUACGUGCAAGCGUAGUCCCCCCAUUCUACUGCUAAUCUGGCUGCUGGAUACUGUCAAAGAUGGCAGACCGAUCAACUGCAGCAGCUGCAGAAUUCACCAGCACCGUCUUCUACUGGAACGAUGUCUGUAGGUUCUCCGGCCCUAACAAUGCUAGGCGCCGCUGCCACUUCAGAAACAGCAAAGGCAGUUGCUGUGGCCGCGAAUGACCUGAAAAUGCUACCGCCAAAGAACCUUUUGCAAGCUGCCCAAUCAUCUGGAAACAUGCAUCCGCCCAUGUCGGCAGUCUUCCCCUAUAUCCAUGCCAUGCCCGCCGUGCCUGUGAAACCCACGGAACAGAAACCUGCUGCCGGUAAUUUCCAGCUUCUUCUCAUAUCAGUGCAGUAGUCUUAGAAUAUGGAGAUUGAUCAUGGGCCAUGGUCCCCUAUUACGUGUGGGGCCCAUGGAUUGGUAAUCUGCACCGUUGCCUAAUGGACCAUGCCUCAAAAUUCUCCUAGAUUCCACUUGAGUGUGGACGACAAUUGGUGUGUUUUUUCUAUGGCGGUGUGUUUGCUGGUUAACAAAAAGAUGUCAGGACCACCCUGUUGGGGUGAUUUUUGGGGCAUGAUCCGUCUAUUUGUGGGGCCCAUCGAAUGAAUGCUCUAUAGAUGGUGGGACCGUGGGCCCCACCUAUAGGUAUUCGAGCAGCAAUGUUGUGAAAAACAAAUCUGAAUACGUUUUCAUUGAUCAGAUCGGCUUCUUUCCCGAGAAAUAACAAUUUGAAUGCCUGCUGGCAGCCUGAGAAAAGAUGACGCGGAGGAGCUUCUUUGAAGCCUGUGCCAACAGGAAUCCGCCAGCUGGCAGGAGGCAAUCGGAGCCACGUGGAGAUGCUAUUGCAGCAGCGGCCGCGGAUUGGGAAAGGGGCGGGCGGAGGCCUCUUUCCUACGUCGCUUCCGUUUUGGGAUGGGCUUUGGACGGUCAUGGAGGGAAGGGGGAGGAUGUGCACAUUGGUUUUGGUGUCUGAUAGGAAGGAAAACGAAGGUUAGAAAGAUCGUAGAUGGUGGUGGGCCACGAUGUUAAAGGAGACGGUGGAAGUGGGAUCUGCCAUCGAUUAGAAAGGGGCCGUUUUGUCAAAAAAAAAAAAAAAAAGGAGCUUGACAAACGGAUAUUGAUUGUAUAUGUCUGACGACGAAGAAAAAAGAAAUAGAAAACUCAAAUAAACUUUUCUUUAUUUAUUUAUUUUAUUUGAAGCCUAUGCUUACUCGCAUGUUUAUUUUAAUUUUAUUUUUGAUGAAAUAAUGUCAAUUGAAAUUA